AUGAUUGUUUUUAUCGGAUUUACCAUAUUAAUUACUAGUUCGAUCAGUUGUGGUCUCUCAUGUAUUACUAAUAAAGAACCAUACAAAAUAUCAGGAUCUCAAUUUGAUCAUCUUCAAGUGAUUAACAUAUUGAAAAACCUCGAAUCUGUCGAACUUGCUGAUGGUGCCUUGUGCCGCAUUCAGUUUUACAUAUCUGACGAACCUCAAGGUUUAUACUUUAUUUUCAAUAAUUUACUGACACAAAGCGAUUUGUCUGACAAUGAAGCUCGGUUGGAAUUUAUUGUAACGAUGCCAGAUAUGCUAAAAUCAUCGCUCAUAGUCAAGGUUGAAUAUGCCUGUUCUGAAAGAGGUGGUUGUGAGAAACAAUUUGUUUUUCGAUAUAUACAAUGGUUUUUAGAAAUGCCUCUUGAAUAUCUUCGUGAAAAUAUCAAACCAUUGCUUGCAAAUCCAAAUGAACUGUUAAAAUCUAGGCCAAAUGAUAGGGAUGCAAGAUCAACUGAAUCUAUCAUUUUUACUUCAACAGUACCUCUAUCAAUUAAUAAUGAUUCAAUAUUAUUUCAAUCUACUAUUUCCAAUACGACAAGUGGUGAAUUCAACAAAGGGAUGCAAGAUAAAACAUUUGAUGAUUAUGAUAAAAAAGCUCGAUUUUUAUUGCCUGAAAUCGAUAGUUCCAAUCAACAGAAAAAGAAAUAUCAAAUAAAAAAAAUCAAUAAUUCAUCACAGCCAACUCCUAAAAAACAGUUUAUAUUUAAUCAUACGAUAAACAUUACUGAAGAUGGAGAAAAAGAACAAAAAUCUUCAUCUUCAAUCUUAAAUAAAUCGACUCUUGACAUUCCAAAAUAUUGUCGUCCUAAUGUGAAUAAUACUUUACAAGAACAAGCUGAAAGUUUAUUGCCUUUUUAUACAUUCAAUGAAUUAACUCGACAUAAUGAUUCAAAUGAUGCAUGGAUUUGCAUAUUUGGUCAUAUAUAUGAUAUUACAUCACUUAUAAGAAAAGCUCAAGGCACUAAGUUAUAUCAACAAUUGAUUAGUUAUGGUGGCCAAGAUAUAAGUUUCUUAUUUGAUGAAAUAACACAUGAACCACGUAGACGAAUACAUCCGCAAACAUUUGAAUCUGUUUCUGUGAUUGAAAAUCUAUCAAUACUUGAAUCAUUCGGUAUACCUUUUUGGCAAACAAAAGAUUUAUUUAUUGGUCGACUUACGGAAUAUCCUCGAUAUAUUCGUCUUAUACAUAAUUUUUCUCCUGAUCAUCCAUUUAUAUUAGAAAUAGCUGAAGAAGAAACAAUCGGACAAAUUGCAAUAAAGUUUUUAAAAUAUAAUUCACAUAUAUUUUCUUAUAUAUGGCGAUAUAAUCAACAAAUACUUGAUUUCAAUAAAACUUUAACUGAAAAUGGUAUACCAAAUGAAGAAUUAUUUCAUGAUAAACAUGGAUGGCGAUCAGAUAAUGAAAAUUGUCUAACAAUUAUACUUUGUUACUCUGAUGAUUUAACGAUUGCUUAA